AUGGCCGCUUCAUCUUCCACCACCGCCACCUUCGCCCAACGCCUCGCUGACUGGGAAAAAAAGUUUACCGAGUGCUACCGCAACGGUGAAAGCGCGUUCAACGCUGAGUUGGAGCAGCUUUACAGGGACUUGGUUCCAUUGUGUCAGGAGCAUGUCAGGGACGCCGCCCGCUUCCGGCUCAUUGACUAUGUUGCGAGCCCCGUUGUCUACUCGUACAAAGUCAUCCAGGGCAAGGACGGCGAGAACAUCUACAGGUUUGAGGUCGACUGGGCGACGCUCAAACAUCAAGUCGCCAACUUCAAGGCCUACCAGGAAGGCCAGGAGGCACAGAGGAAGAGGAGGGAGGAGGAGGAGCAAGAAAAGAGGAGGGAGAAGGAGGAGCAAGAGGAGGAGGAGAGGCAGAGGGUGGAGGAGAGGAGGAAGAGGGAGGUGAGGAGGAAGAGGGAGGAGAAGAAGAAGAGGGAGGAGGAAGAGGAGAGGCAGAGGGAGGAGGAGGAGGAGAGGCAGAGGGAGGAGGAGAGGAGGAAGAGGGAGGAAGAGAAGCAGAAGGUGGAGGAGAGGAGAAAGGAUGAGAGGAGGAAGAGGGAGCAGGAGAGGAGGACCAGGGAGCAGGAGAGGCAGAAGGCGGAGGAGAGGAGGAAGAGGGAGCAGGAGCAGGAGCAGGAGCAGGAGACAGACGAGGAGAGGAACAAGGAGGAGACGGAGAAGAGACGGGCCGAGAAGGGCAAGGGCAAGGCAGUCGAACCCCCGGUGGAAGACGGACCCGUGACAGACGCCCACAAAGACAAGGGCAAACGGAAAGCGGCGGACCCCGUGGAGUCCAUUCAGUUGGCUCCAGCGGAUUACAGGGGCCCACGGACAAAGAAGGGGGAAAUUAUUCCCCACAUUACCGCCUCCAACAUGCCCGGUCACCCAGCGUACAGGGAGAAGCUGGAAAGAUUGGCGAAGUCCAAGCAGGGGAAAUUCAGGAGCAAGGCGAUCAUAGGAAGCCACACGGACGAAGACGCGGACGCGGACGUUGACGAGGACGACGAAGGCGAUAACAAAGGGGCACCGCCUACCACCCCCACUGCCACCCCCACCCGGAAGAUGCGCACGCGUUCCGUAAAGAAGGACACCGAGGACGAUGUCCCCCCCAUCAGGAAGGCGCGGUCGAGAUCCCAGAAAGUGCGCCAGGUGCCAGAGGGGAUGGUGGACAUGGUGGAAAGGUGCACGGCAUGCAUCAAAUUCAAGGUGCCAUGCUAUGUCAAGGGGGAGACAGGCACUGAGCCUCUCGUCCCCGUGAAGCACCAAUCUUGCGAGUCUUGCAAGUCUCGCAAGAUCCACUGCAGCUUCUACCCGGGGCGCAACACCUUCGUGGGUCAAUUUUUGACGACGCCACUGGGAAGCUAUGGGGAGGCGUUGAAGUUGGAGGAGGGAGAAGAUGUUCCGGCGAAGGGGAAGGCCGGGGAAGGGUCGUUCCCCGAGGAUGUGGGAGAACUGCUUGUGCAGCUCUUUGAGCGCCAAGGCAGAAUCAUGGAACGGCUGGACGGGUUAUCCGCGUCCAUGACGGCGAUUAAUGCACGGAUUGCGACGUUUGCCGAGACGAACUUGGCGGUGGAGAACAGGAUGAAGAGCAUCGAGGACGGCAUCCAAGAGGUGAAGGCCGAAUAG